AUGCCAACGUCACCAGUCAAAUCUUUGCCACUCAAUGUCCUUGCUUUCGUUGAAGGCUUUGCUCUCGGUAUUGAAGCCGAUGUUGGUAAUGUCACCGAGUGUACUAAGGAUGUUUAUAUCACUUUGAACGAUUUCGAUGAUGCCUUCUACUCUCUUGAAUAUGGAUUCAAAAGAAUUAAUGUCAAGUUGAUCGAAACUGGAUUGAGAGAAUUCGGUGCAGGAGUUAAGGAAUUGGCAGUUGCAUUGAAGGGAUGUAAUGUAAAUGGUAUUGUCGAAAAGAUUGAAUCUCUUGCAGCUCAAUUGCAAAGCGGUCCUUUGGGUAUUGUCAAGGUCAUUGUUCAUGAAUUGAUCAACAUUUUCCACAAUGAAAAAGAUAUCACCAAUGAAUUCAAGAAGGCCAUUCAAUAUUGGAAGGACAAGAAGUAUGAAUUGUGUGGUGUUCAAGUUGGUAAGAUUGUUGGUGUUUUGCUUGAAUAA